AAGUCUAACGAUGAAGUCAUUAGGAAUGAUUACUCAAUAAGAUGUAAAAUAAACACCACUUCAUUUGCCAUUAAACCAAACUCUUCAUCGCAUUCCGUUUCUAGUGGGCAAAAUCAAAAUACAACCAGAAUGCUACAAAAUUAA